CGAGAACCCGCCAUUUUGAAAACCUUGUUGAUUCCGGGAGGGAGGGUAGAGGGAGAAGGAGAGGGAAAGGGCAAGAGUGGCUGCUGGUCGUAGCGCUGUGCCGCGGCUGGCGUGUGUGUGUCGCUGCGCCCGGACUCGCCUCGUCCAGCGGUAACUGCCGCCUUCAGCUGCUGCCGCCGCGCCUGAGGAGGGAGCCGGGGCUCGUGCUGAGAAGCAUAUACCAUGUCUUCUGUUGACUCAUCAAAAGAAGAUACAAUGUCAUCAGAAAAAACAGACGAGAAACAACCUGAAACUGAAAACAAAGCUGAGGAAAGUGAUGAAGAUGAAGAGGAGGAAGAGGAGGAAGAGGAAGAAGAAAAGGAGAAGAGCCUCAUUGUUGAAGGAAAAAGGGAGAAGAAGAAAGUUGACCGGCUGACCAUGCAAGUGUCCUCACUGCAGAAGGAACCUUUUACAAUUACACCGGGUAAAGGACAAAAACUCUGUGAAAUUGAGAGGAUACAGUUCUUUCUGAGUAAAAAGAAGACAGAUGAACUUAGGAACCUGCACAAACUCCUCUACAACAGGCCAGGCACUGUUGCAUCCCUAAAGAAGAAUGUGGGUCAGUUCAGUGGAUUUCCAUUUGAAAAAGGAAGUGACCAAUAUAAAAAGAAGGAAGAAAUGUUAAAAAAAUUUAGAAAUGCAAUGUUGAAAAGUAUCUGUGAAGUUCUUGACUUGGAAAGAUCAGGAGUCAAUAGUGAACUUGUAACCAGAAUAUUAAACUUCCUUAUGCAUCCAAAAUCUUCGGGCAAGCCAUUGCCAAAGUCCAAAAAACCACAAAGCAAAGGUGGUAAAAAAGAGCGCACGAGCUCUGGAACAACAAGAAAAGCGAAACGUACCAAGUACCCAGAGAUCUUGUCAGAUGAAUCCAGUAGUGAAGAAGAUGAAAAAAAGGAAAAGGAUGAGUCUUCAGAAGAAAAAGAAAGUGAAGAUGAGCCCCCAAGAAAAGCAUCUAAAAGAGAAAAAUCUAAAAAGAUGACUUCUAAAACCAAGAAAGCUGUGAAGGGUGCAAACGUCAAGAAGGCAGACAGCAGCACUACUAAGAAAAACCAGAACAGUUCUAGAAAAGAAAGCGAGUCUGAGGAUAGUUCAGAUGAUGAACCUUUGAUUAAAAAACUGAAGAAACCGCCCACAGAUGAAGAACUGAAGGAAACUGUCAAGAAUUUGUUGGCCAAUGCAAAUUUGGAGGAGGUUACAAUGAAACAAAUCUGCAAGGAAGUGUAUGAAAAAUAUCCUAGUUAUGAUUUAUCUGACAGAAAAGACUUCAUUAAAAAAACAGUCAAAGAGUUGAUUUCAUGAUCUGAUUUGACUGAGGGAAACGAAGAUUCCUGGGUUUUUGUUUCCAUGGAUUGGAAGAUCUGAUAGGCACCAGCAAAAGGAAUGUGUCUUACCCUUGUAUUUUUAGUCAGAUCUAAUUCUGCUGAUCUAAUGUUAAGAGUGUUAAUGUAAAUUGCUUUGUGUGGUUUUUUUUGUUGUUAAACAGAACUGCAUUUGAUGCAAUUUUUAGUUGAACAUACUUAAGUUUUAUGCAUGGCAAUAAAUGUCCCCUUUUUAUAGUUUUGUACAUUUUGAAUUGCAUUGUAUAACUAGAUUCAUUAGAGGUUCAUUAGAGCCAUCAUAGCUUUUUAGCGUGGAUUACCAGCGUACAGGAGAUUUUAAAAUUUACUAAGAUGAAAGCUGCUUAUCUACACAUAUACAUGCAGAGACUGGAAUAUUGCAGUAUUGGUUACAAAGAUAUUUUGAAUACAUAUUAAAUCUAAAAUAAGAAGAGUUAGUCACAUAUUAACCUCUUUUAUAUUCCGAUACAUUCUACAGAUACAGAAUUAUUCUGAAGCUCCAUUACAGUCUUGCAUGUGUAGGCACUGAAAGAACUCUCACAGCAUGGUAACUAAUUGGCAGAUAGAUGUUAUUUUUGUACUUUCAAAAGGCUUUUUGUUGUGUAUAUAAAGUUAUUUCAAAUUUCUUUUGUGCAAAUCAGUUUUUUAAUCUUGAUAUCUUUGAAUUUAUGACAUGAAAUGUCAGUGUUCAGCAGUGAGGCAGUGAUAACAAGUGGUGUGCAGAAGUUUCAUGAAAAUGAGCUGAGGUUUCAUGAUGUUUGUCUCCUCUUACCUUGUACAAAAACUAAACUGUAGGUUCAUACCUGUAGAUUAAUUUUAUACAGGGACUACAGACAUUGUUUCAAUGUCUUGGAAGUAGUAAAUAAAAUCCCUCCAAAGGCAAUAGGAAAAUUUCUAGCAUCUCACAAGUGGGUAUCCAAGAUACACAGCUGAAGGCUUGAUAGCUUUGGAAAUCCACAGUAGGACUUCCAAAUCGGAUAGCACUGAUGUGAACAUGUGUUUAACCUCUCUCCUGCAUGGGAAAGCUUGCCUGAACCUGAGCUUCAUUGCCUCAGCAGGAACAAUGGUACUUGUAAGCCUGCAGUCUUUAGUGGCUGGCAGCUUUUAGGAUCAAAGCAAACUCUCUCUGUAAGUUUUUGUUUAAGUUUUCUCCAUACACCUUGUUUCUAAUAUGGGAAGUCCUACUCUUAAAAUCAUGAAACUAAGAGCUGCCAGAGUGGGGGCUGCCAUUCACACCGUGAGCACAGAAUCCCUCUGACUAGUAUUGCUGGAAAGACAAAGUGUAUUUUUUUGAAUUUUAUUAUUGUACAGUUGAGAAAUAAGGGUUCAUAAAUUAUCUAAAUUCCAAAAAUGUUCAGCCAGUUAGACUGUUGAUCUUACACAGACUUUUGAAUUUCUUUGCGUGUAAUCAUUUAUAAUAAGGCUGAAUGUAAUGGGGAUUUUUUUGUAUUCAAUAAAUGUCUUUCACAAAAAUACAAAUCACUUUUACUCUAACAUUUGCUUACAUGUAUAGUAAAAAAAAACCUAUACAGGCACAUGGUUGGUUGUCUUUAUCUCAUAUUGGCUUUUCUACUUUAGAAGACACUGUUGCUGAAAUGUAUGUCCUUGCACCAGAAUUUUAUAUCUUCUGUGAGGUUGUUUUGUUUUGUUUUGAUUUUUUUGUGGGUUUUUGUCUCUAACUGUCUCAGCAAAAAGAACACUUUUUAAUUUGCAAUUUAAAACAUCAGAAAUUUUGAAGUCAGUCUUAAGAGCAGAAAUUUACUUGUAUUAAGUGCUGGUGUUUUACAAAUACUUGAACUGUCUUUUGAUUUUUAUGUAAAUGUACUAGCCAGUUUUAAUUACAUGGGUCAGGAAGUAUUUUUACAGUUCACAACUCCAAAGUAUAAAUAUUUUUUUAAUCAUUUAAAUUCUAAUGAAAACUUAGAAAAGGAUAGCACACUUCUAUUUAUUGUAUAUAUGCAAUAGUUGCCACUUCGGAAUUGCACAGAUGGAAUGGAAAUGAACUUGACAUUCUUCAAGUGCUUUGUUUAAAUCUUUUAACAACUCACUGUUAGUCCUCAGUGGAGAAGAGGACUGCCUGUUUCCUUGCUAAUGCAUCCCAGUCUGGCUGCAGCUGAUACAGGAUUUCAUUUCUUUCUGCAACUGGGAGAAAGGCUGCAAGGUAGUGUUAAAAGGUAAAUAAAAUAUCCUGCUUAUCCUGAGGCUGUUGGAUUAGAAGCACAUCUGAUCAAGGAUCUAAAUCCUGUUCACACACUCUCAUAAAAAUAGAAAUGGGUUAACUGGAUAAAAGAUAACUGAAUAAAUUGUUCAGGCAUAUGCCUUCCAGGUGCUUAAGGUAAUGUCCUGACCAUUGUACUCUGGAGAAAAAUACUCCUAACCAUCUUGAUUUGAUCACUUCCAGCAUAAUUCCUACAAUCCAGUGUGUUGGUUCCUCUUUUUGGUUAGGCUUUUGGUAUUCAGUAUUUUGGUUGGUAAUCAGCAAAACCACAAAUUAAUCUGAAUUAUUUGCAGGUGUUCUUAUGAGCACUUUUGGCAACAGUGUAUGGGGCCUUCAGGAGAAGGAAGAUGGAGGGGGCUAGGUGGGAAGGAGAUCAGUAAUUUGGAGUGAGAAGAUGUUACAUGCAUUUAGAGUUAUGUGGUAAGCCAUAGUAUAGUGGUUAGGCAUACCUAACCAACAUGAAAUUACAAAGACACAGCUGUAAAUUCAAAAUUCUUUUUUCCAAAAGCUCUAAACUAACAGCCUUCUUGGACCUGAGCAGGCUGUUUAUAGGGUCUGUAUUCUUUAUAUGUUAUGCUGUUACAAGGCACAUGACAAACCAAGAUCUAAGAAUUGUCUGAGUUUAUAUUAGCCACUGCUCAGCUGUACUUGAAAAUGACCUUUUUGGAGGCCAGUACUUAAUCUGGAGAAAUAAACCCCUGGGUGUCAUCGUAGUGAUUCAAGUAAAGUUUAUUAUUAGCUCUUCUGUUUCAGAGAGAGGGUGGCUCAGGACCACUUGGGCAGAUCUAAUCUUCCGUGUUUCCAAAUGAGAAAGCUGACUAUAAUAGAGUAGCUUAAACUGGACUAGAUGAAAACCUCCCUGAAAUGACUUCUGGUGGUUUUUAUUUAGGGAGAAGAAUGGAAAAAUCUGUAAGAUACCAGAAUACUGUCUAAAAACUUGCAGUAAGAAAUGUAGUAAAAUCAAUACUCUGUGUUGUUUUCCUUCUGCAAAGAAAUGUUUCUCCUGCCUUUGGACUCAGAAGUAUUUAUUAAACUAAGAUGCUGGAA